AUGGCGGAGCAAAACAUCGACAUCACGUUCGAUGAGGACAAUCGCAUCCGGGUUAUGCCCAAGGAGAAGUUCAAGCAGACUGAGUCACUGGAGGCCGAAUGCCAUGGCUUUGCCGACAAGAUCCAGGCCUUCAGCGGCACAGUGGACAUGCUUGUGGAGGUGCUGGACGGAGAAGCGCAAAAGAUUGAGGAAGAGAAACUUCGGGCCAUCGGUCAGCGAAAUCGUGCCGAGAUGGAGGCUGAGGCGCGGAGGCGGAAGCAGCUGAGCAUGCAGGCAGCGAUCCAGGAGAAAACAGCCGAGCUCGAGAGGCUCGUCUUUCAGCUCAAUUCCCUGGAGCGUGUGGAGAGGGAGCAGUUCGCGCUCAUUGAAAAACUUAGCACACUUGGUGGCACUAUGCUGGCAGUGUGGGGGCGCGUCUUCGACGUCUCCAGUGGGAAGGAGUUCUACGGUGAAGGUCAGGGAUAUCGGCUCUUUGCAGGACACGACUGCACUCGAGCCUUCGCGUUGACGAGACGCCAGGUGGACAUGUUGGACCAGGGUCUGGAGGAUCUCAGUGACAAGCAGCUUCGGCAUCUGAACCGGACGUACUGGGAGACCUACGUGGCCAAGUAUCCUGUGGUGGGCCGUCUUCUUGACCCACCUUACGAUCCCAAGGACUACGAUAACUUUGCUGGACCCUACAGUGCCAUCCGACGUACGAGGCCGAGCCUUGGUGAAGAGAGGCCGCGGGAAUCCAGGUGUCCGGUCACAAGGGCUGCCAAGGCAGUGGGGAGUGCCAUUGCCAAUCUUAUUCCGAGGCAGCUCUUGCCAAGGUGA